AUGGCCGAUAGAAACGCUAGAAUUGAUGCUCAACUGAGGAAUUUAGUCCGAGUGACUACGAAUUUAGCUAGAAGAGGUCCUUCGAAGAAGAAGUCUGUUGAUUGGUUUAAGAGGCUUGAGAACUGGGUUAGGGAUUUUGAGAAGCUAUUCGAUGCUAUCCAAUGUCCAGAUAAUAGGAAAGUAGCUAUAGCUGCAUAUUACCUCAAGGAGGAAGCUGACUUUUGGUGGUCGCAGCAUAAGGAGACGUUAAUGGCAAGGCCUGACUUUGAUUGGAAGGCUUUUGGAGUAGCUAUGAAGGAGAAAUUUUAUCCCAAUUUCUUGAGGAGGCAAAAGGCCACUGAGUUUGAUGAGUUGAAGCAAGGUGACUCUGUGGAGCAGUACUAUGAGAAGUUUGUAGGAUUGAUGAAGUUUGCUCCAGAGUUAGUACCUACUGAGGAAAGAAAGGCUAUUAGGUUCGAGACUGGACUUAGUCUUGAGAGCUCAAACAACAAGAGGAAGGAGAAUCCUAGUCAGAAUUUCCAGAGGAACGACAAGAAGUUCAAGCCUCAAAAUAACUUUCACCAAGGAGGACAAUCUAGUGGCCAAAGGAAUGGAGGCCAGUAUCAACCACAGAAGGGUGGAAAUGGUUCUAAUAAGGGAAAGAAAGGAGACGAACGCGUGUAUUUCUGCAAGAGGUGCCCAUACAAUCAUCCUGGAAAGGAUUGUGAAGGAAAGCUGGUGGAGUGUAACUACUGCCACAAAUUGGGUCACCGAGAGUAUGAGUGCUUCUCCAAGAACCCUGAGUUGAAGACUGACAAGGGCAAGAGCGGAAACCAAUUUGGUCAGGGUAAUCGAAACCAAUCAGGAGGCAACAACUAUCAAGGUGGGAACAACAAGACCGUUUUGGGUGGAGCUGGCCCUAGUGUGCCUGCAGUUGCUAGAUUGAAUGUCAUAAGUGCUAGAGAAGCUGAGACGUCCAAGGACGUAGUUACGGGUAAUGUUUCUAUUAAUUCCACUUUUGUUAAAGCUUUAUUUGAUUCAGGAGCCGAACGUUCAUUUGUUUCAAAGUUAGUUGUUUCAAAAUAUGGCUUAGAAAACCCUAAGGAUGUUGAAAUUCCUAUUAUGUUACCAUCUGGGGAAGUAGUAACUUGUUCAAGAGUAUAUGAAAACGUCCUUGUGAGAAUUGGGGAUGUAGACUUUGAAACCAACCUCAUAAGAUUUCCAUUGGAAGACUUGGAGAUCAUUUUAGGGAUGGAUUGGCUUAAGGAGUAUAAAGCCGAGAUUCUUUGUGGAGAACAAAAAGUGAGAUUGAGGAAUAAGAAUGGGAAAAAGGUGACUUUCAAGACUAAACCACAAGAAGGUAGAAUUAAGAUCAUUUCAGCCUUAAGUUUGGUGAAGCAAGUGUGGAAGGGAGCUCCAUUAUUCUUGUGUAGUGUGCAAAGGAGGAAGAAGAUAAGCUUAAGAAUAGAGCAUGUGAAAGUGGUGAAUGAGUUUCCAGACGUAUUUCGGAAGAAUACCGGGAAUGCCACCUCAGAGGGAGUUAGAAUUCACCAUAGACUUAGUUCCUGGAACUUCCCCUAUAUCAAAAGCACCCUAUAG